AUGGCGCAAGACUAUGUUGUACAAAUGGCCGGUCAGGUGUGGUGCUCCGGGAAGACAAUGGAGUUCUUCUACAUCUUCAAUGUUCCAAGUGGACAUCGGUUUCAUGUAGAAGUAUCGCUCCACUGGAAAGUUCGGGAACUGCAAGAAUGUAUCGUGCAGGUAACUGGAAUUAAUGUAGAUGAUCAGCAGAAGCCUUGCCAACGGCCGUACAUGUUCCAGCGCUUCCCGUUUCUUGUCUUUAAAGUACAUCACCAAAAACCGAAAGCUACUGAUCUGCUGCAGAAUUUUGACGAAGUAAUCGACCAGCUCAAACGUAUCCGUCUACCAGGAACACUUCUGGCUCACUCCCGUGGUAACGUCGAGCCGUCUUCAUUUUCUGAUACUUCGUUAUAUGCCUGGAUAUCUGCCUCUGAUCCGGAGCAUUCUCUCAAAGAACUCGUCGAUCAAGUAUCAGAGCAAUUCGGAAAUUUCGAACAAAUGGAUGCGAAGAUGGUUGUGCAGAAUAUAGAAAAAGUCAUGGACUUAUCGAGAAAUGUCAACUGUCGCGAGAUAAAGGGAAUAAAUAUAAGGCUCAGCUAUCUCGAUCAUCAUUUACAAAAUGCUGAAGAUCGAGGUAAAACUAUAGAGAAGCAUGCAUCAAAAAUACUCGACACUCCAUCUCGGAUUGAUCAGUCUUCACUUGAGGAACUUGUGUCACAAUAUCGGUACUUGAUGAGACAAAUUUAUACGGAACUCAAAGAAAUACGUUUGAUAUGUAAUCGAUUCUUCCAAUCGAAGCUGGAAUUUCUCAGAAUAUUGCGAAUACGCCUCAAUUCAUGGAUUGUUCGG